AUGACAACUAAAUUUGGUAACUCGGACAUUCACUUCAACAAGGAAGUUGAUGAAGUUGGUGAAGAUGGCGUUUUGGUCAUCAACAAAAACAACAGAGCACAGGCUAAAUUCCCAGACUUUUUGCCAACUUGGGACCCAAGACAAAAAUACCCACCAUUGAAGUUUGAAAAAUACAUUGAUCCAGGCUCGAGAGCUGACCCAUCUUUCCCAAACUUGUUUCCAAAAGAUGGUGACUACAAAGUCAACAGAAUUACCCCCAAAUUUGGUACUGAAGUCGAUGGAAUUCAAUUGUCACAGUUGAAUGAUGCUGCAAAGGAUGAGUUGGCUUUGUUAUUGGCCCAAAGAAAGGUCUUGUUGUUUAAUGACCAGGACUUUGCUAGCCAUGGACCAGGUUUUGCUGUUGAAUUCGGAAAGUAUUUUGGAAACUUGCACAUCCACCCAAGUUCGGGUUCACCAAGAGGUCACCCAGAGUUGCACAUUACAUACAGAAGACCGGAAAAGGGAGAGUUGGAAAGAGUCUUCCGUGACAGGACAACCAACACGGCCUUCCACAGUGAUGUCACUUAUGAAAUCACACCCAGUAGAUUUACAAUCUUUCAAGUAUUGGAGAGUGGUGAUGGUGGUGAUACUGUUUUUGCUGACACAACUGAGGCUUACAGAAGAUUGUCACCAGCUAUGAAGGAGAGAUUAGAAGGUUUGCACGUUUUGCACACAAGUGAAGACCAAGCAGCCAACUCCAGUUACCAAGGCGGUGUUGAAAGAAGAAAAGCUGUUUCCAACAUCCACCCAUUGAUUAGAAUUGACCCUGUCACCAAGGAAAAGUCCAUCUACGUCAACAGAGCUUUUGGAAGAAGAAUUGUUGAAUUGAAGAAAGAAGAGAGUGAGUACUUGUUGAACUUCCUUUACGACCUCAUUGAAAGGAGUCACGAUUUACAAUUGAGAGUCAACUGGGAAGCAGGAAAGAGAAACAAAGUGGCCUUGUUCCACAAUAGUGGUGUUUCACACACAGCUUCGUUUGAUACUGAAGAUGGUGAAGUUAGACAUGCUUACAGGAUUAGUGUGUUGGGUGAACGUCCUAUCUCAAGACUUGAGGACUUGAAUAAGGAAGAGUUCUCGACAGGGGAUUUAGAAAACGCUUUGAGAGCCGUUAAACCAAUUUAG